GUGCCUUCGAGCUUUAUUCGAGAUUAUAUGAACAGUUUCGACCAACCACUACCAAUUAGCGGCAGUCUGUGUAACACUUUUGAUUCUGUGCGGUUAUGGAAAACUUUAUCAGAAGAUGGGGUACCUUCCAGCUUUCACGUAGCGUUGGUGGAACUCCCCCCAUCUCCAAUUCUGCUCUUGAUCGACUUGAACUGUAACCAUUCACGCAUAUUACUAACGCAGGUCAAUCCGAAGCUGUUUUCUCUUCCUCUCCGUUGGCUGUUGAUAAGCACUGACACGUAUACUACUGACCUAACAGUUUAUAAAUUGAAUAUCAUGGUCGACAGUGACCUCGUUUUGGCCCAACGUACGAGUACAAAUAAUUACUCACUGACCAAACUAUAUAAACUAGAACCGAACUUGGAAAUGGUACAGGAACGUUUGGGGUAUUGGGACGCUAAAGAUGGACUUACAAUUACCUCAAAACGUUCCCGGCCCAACCUGAAUAAAAUAACGUUAAAAACUAGUUUAGUAAUGACGGAGAAUGAUUCACUGUUGCAUUUAACGGAUCAAAGAGAGCGACAUGUAGACACUGCUUCGAAGGUGAGCUACGCAUUAGUGGUGCACUUGGGUGAAAUUUUGAAUGUCACCUUGAAGUAUUCCGUCCAAAACACGUGGGGGUAUAAGAAUGAAAAGUCAGACUGGAAUGGGAUGAUCGGCGAACUUCACCGAGGUGAAGCAGUGAUUGGUGGCUCAGUUUCGUUUUUGAGAAGUGACCGCGUACCAAUCGUCGAUUAUGUUGGAAUGACAAUACCUACGAAAUCAAUGUUUGUAUUUAGGCAGCCGAAGUUGUCAUACACCGCUAACGUCUACGCACUACCAUUUAAUUGGACCGUUUGGCUAUCUCUGCUUCUCCUUGUUUUAGGCAUAGUAAUAACAUUAUCUGUGGCUCUUAAGUGGAGUUGCACCAAACAAAAACUGAAAACAGCAGUUUGGUUCGAUGUUACACUUUUGGCAUUUGGUGCAGUGUGUCAGCAGGGAUCUUCCUUCACACCGUCGAAUGCAUCCGGAAGAAUAGUUACAAUUUCAAUGUUUGUCAGUUUGAUGUUCCUUUAUACGGCUUACUCGGCAAACAUAGUGGCCUUGUUGCAAUCGUCCUCCAACAAUAUACGAUCGUUGAACGACCUUUUAAAUUCACGCUUGUCAGUCGGCGUGGAUGACACUGUAUUCAAUCGAUUUUAUUUUCCUAACGCAAUAGAACCAGUUUCUAAAGCUUUAUAUCGACAAAAAGUAGCACCACCAGGGCAGACUCCUCGCUAUUUUCCAAUUAGAGACGGCGUCGAGAAGAUUCGAAAGGGCCAUUUCGCGUUUCAUAUGGAAACUGGAGUUGGUUAUCAAUUCGUCUUGCAAACAUUUAAAGAAUACGAAAAAUGUGGCUUGACAGAGAUAUCGUUUCUUCACGUGCCGGAUCCGUGCCUGGUAAUUCAAAAAAACACCCCGUAUAAAAAACUAAUUCAAAUAGGCUUACGCAAAAUUCACGAAAGCGGAUUGCAGAUGAGGGCAGUCUCACUCAUGUACACAAAAAAGCCAAUUUGUACCAACAAGGCGAGUAAUUUUGUGAGCGUUGGCAUUAUCGACUGUUAUUUGGCUCAUGCAAUUCUCUUAAUUGGAGUGAUUAUAUCACUUUCAAUAUUCUCGUUUGAGGUUAUAUUAUGGAGACAACGCAAAAUGAUUAAUAACGAUGCUCAUUAGAGGAUUUAGUUUACUAGUACCACAGAUACGAGUAACACUCCCUUAUCUGUCCCAGUACUUAGAUAGUGCUUCAAAGAAGACAACCUACACCAAAUGACAAGAAGACAAGGAUACUGUAAAUUUUUGCAAUGAGAUAUUACACUGGC